UUUAUACACAUGUUGUGUAGUACUCACGAAUGAAUGGAGUCGGUGGUAUGGACAUGAUGAGGGACGUCGGAUUUGAUUUCGACGACGAAAUCUUUGGAAAAUCAACUUGUAGGGAAGUCAGGGUUAAAGAGGCAUACGAACCAAAGCAGUGUGACUCCAAGUGGUUUAUGAAGUUCCAUGUGAAGAAUGAUCAAUUAGAGAAACAGAUUAUGAUGAAGUACCGAGGGGAUUUGUUGUUUCAAAAGCGAAAGUAUUCUGAAGCCCUCUCCAUGUAUCAAGAGUCUCUGCAGUGUUUGUCAUCCAAUAAUACAGUUAUAGAAUGGGAGUUAACAGAGUCUAUGGCUUUGUGUUUAUUGAAACUAGAUAAGCCUGAUGAUGCCUUAUCUCUUGUCAAGGGGAUAAUGCAUGAUAACCAAGAAAAAGAAUCAUCAUAUUGGUAUUUACUCUUCCAAAUUUAUAGAGCCAUGGGAAAUACCGAAGGUGAAAUAGAAACUCUUCAAAGAUGUGCAGCACUUCACUCCUGGAAUGUUCAGUUUUGGUUCUCUUUAGCCCUGGCAUAUGAAAAGGCAUCUGUUAGCAGCUGUAAACUGUGUCAGGAUGAAGAUGUAACAAUUGUUAAGGGGGAAAGAAUUUGUAGCAUGAAGCACAAUCCAGCUGUAGAAAACUGUACAAAAAUGUCUUUGAAUGGAGAAUAUCAGUCUCGAGAAGGGUGUUAUACAUGUACAAAAAAAUGCCACUACUUUUCAACUGAAAACCAGACACAACAUCUGACACCAAGGGAACCUUACUGCAUGGGUGAAAGACAGAUUAGACAUCACAUGGAAAAUAUGGACUUUAAAGGGCAGGUCUCUCCUGUUUCUCGGGCAGAUAAAAAAGCGGAACUUGAAGAUCAAUCUCUCUCUUGUUUACAUAAAGUAUGUCCAGAUUCACUUGACUAUGACAGUGUUCUAGCUUUGUUUUCAAGCAACGAAAAAUCUCUGCAGGAGGAAUGUGCUCGAAAAAGAUUGAAAUGGAGGAAUCAUGUUCUUUCUUUUGGUUCUCUUGUUAAAACUAGGUUCUUCCUUGAAAAAUCUAUGGAAGCAUCUUCAUCAUUUGCAAAGGAAAAAAGUAGCACUCUUCUUACAGAGGUGAAUAGCAAGAUUGCCACUCAUGCAGAAUGUGGUUGCGCCCAGUUGAUUGACAAAGUCUUGGAGAUGCUUUACAGUUCUGUUGUUGCAAGUGGACAAAUGCAAUUAGACCAGGAAAAGGAUGAUAUAAAAUUGAAGGAGUUGUCCACAAAAAGUGUAACAAAUUCUGUUGACUUUGAACAAAAGUGGUUUGGUGACUUACUCUUCUACAUGGAUACAAUUUAACACUACCAUUCUGGGAAAUUUAUUCAGUCAUUUCAAGUUAAUUAUAUAUUAUUUGAAUAAAUUGAAUAAAAACUUAUUGGUUCAAAAUGAAAUGUAGUAUUUUGUUGUUUUCAUAGCCAUAAUCUUAAAUAAUCUUUACUAUGUCACAGAAACUGGUAAUGGAUCAGGGCUACAUGUAUUACUUCAAGGGAUAACCCAGAAUGGAAUGUGUAAAUCAAGCUCAGAUCAGAUGGGUCAGCUCACGAAAAUUUUAAAUUUGCUACACUAUUUAGUCUAUCUUUAUCAACCUUAACUUGUUGAUAAGUUUGGUGUUUCUCUUGUCCAUUGAUGCAGCAUAAUGGUUCCUUUAGGAACUCACAGCUUCCAUAAAAAUGAACUGAGUUGAGAGUGGUACUUGUACCCCACCCUAUCAGAAGUUCUCAACAAACUGAUAAUCGAGAUUCUAUAGUAAUUAUUUUUUCUGCCUGUUUCUUCUUAGAAGUUCACUUAACACUCUAGUUGGAACCCCUGAGAAUGCAAAAAUACUUUGUUGUGAAGUGAUCUUAGUUUCAAUCCGCCUUACAGAGAAAAACAAUAGGGGAAUUUAUACAGAAAGCAUUGUUACCCGCAGCUACAGAUGUGUAGAUGCCCUAUGAUGACCUUAG